GUGUACAGAAACGCUCAACAAGGGUGAUUGCUUCCGCGCGGUUUAGGACGCCUUCGUAUCUAAGGACAAAGGAGUGUGUGGAGCACUCACGAGAGGCGUCGUACGACAGGUCGUAAUGCUAACGAUAGGUUCAAUUCUAGGCCGUGUGGCCAAACUAUCAAUCGGCUCAGUAUCGAGCACCGCAGUUCCGGCGACCAGUGCGCAGAUUCAGACUAUCCGCCCAGCAACUUUCUUGGUCCGACUUGGUGCCGAAGAUCUUUGGAAAUCAGUCACUUCUGUCAGUAAUGCCGGUCGCAAGCGCGGCCGCGCAUCCGGACAUAGUAAAAAGGCGUCAAAAGAUCUAAAUCGAGGACAGAAAAUUGGCAGCGGUCGCAUUAAUAUGCUGUGGCCAGGUUUGAACGCACCGAUUUUUCGAGGAAGAGAAGUAGUUGAACGACAACAAUUGCCCCCUGACCCAGAGCGAGAAAAACGGUUAAUUGAGUUGCGAGAUAAGCAGCAGAUCAAUUUUCGACGUAUAAGGCUGACCCCUUUGGAGAGAGGCUGGUCGGGAACACGGGCGCCAGGCCGUUCUUUGGGACCACCUGAUACCCCUGAGGACAUCGAUAUUAAAGAUUUUGACAGUGUAGUCUUAGAUCUUAGGUUGGUCUCGAAUAUGACGAGCCAUUUGGGCCGUGUGCGACGACACAAAGCUGUAGUGGCUGUAGGAAACGGGAAGGGCCUUCUCGGCUUCGCUACUGGUAGAGGGCCUGAUGGCAAGACUGCCUUACGUAAGGCAAAAAAUAGGGCUUUACUUCGAUUGUGUCACUAUCCCAUGUUUGAGGAGCAUACGGUUCUGCAUGACUUUUUCAGCGAGUAUGGCUGCACAAGGAUUGUAGUCAAGCAGAAGGAACGGGGCUAUGGACUCAAAUGUCAUCGGGCUAUCAUGUCGCUUUGCAAGUUAAUAGGCAUCAAGAAUCUGUAUGCAAAAGUUGACACACGAAAUACGAACCUUCUGUCCCUCACUCGUGCCUUUCUUAUUGGUUUGCAAAAACAAAAAACUCAUCAGGAUUUCGCCGAUGAAAAGAGAUUGCACGUUGUCGAGUUUCGCCCAGAGCAGCUCUACUUUCCACGAAUUGUUGCGAGUCCAAAAACUGGUCCCGUGAGGAAGGAAGACGAAAUUGAUCCUUACGAAGAAUUGGACAUCAAUAUGAUUGUUAGCGAGGGCAGAAUGAUCUAUGCAAGAAAAAAAGCAGAGCCUUUCUAUACGCGGCUUCCCGGCUGGGAGGUCCAUUUGAAGAAGACGGACAACCUUAAGAAUCAACGACAGGUCCGAUUGCGACUUAUGAAGAAAUACGGCGCACUAAAAAGCUUUUUGAAUAUUCGCGAUGAAAAGAAGCUUCCUCUCAAUCAGAUAGGACCCAACGGACAGAUGAUAUAAAUAUUUGUCGUGGUACUUGUACCACUCUCUCGCUUCCCGUUCGCGUGACUCGGUAACCCUCAAAAUGGGGUCGAAUGAUAUGUCGAUUUUUAUGUCGCUUUUUAAAAACUAAAAGUGUUCUCACAUUAGAAUUUUUGAAUAUAUAAAUUGCACACCCAUUGUUUACCUUACUAUGUGUGAUCUAUUUGUGGAGUUAACCGCGCUGAAAAUACACGUUCUUGUUAUUAGAGUGGUACAACUACAUAAAAAGCCUACUGUUAAACGAGACCAGAGGUUACUGCCUGAAGUCCCGCCAACGAUACGUGCUACACAAUUUCUAUACAAAAGGAAAUUAGAGCUACAUAAAUAGUAAACUAAUGACAUCGAGGCUUAUCACAACAUUAUUCUCUAAACUAAAUUAUUGGAAAAGGCUCAAGGCAUAACCUAAAACGAUAUUACAUCGUGAUAUUACGACGUGACAUACAGCAGACAGUAGUAAUCAUCAUGUAAUCAUAAUGUGUAAUCAUUAAAUUAUUUUUGGUACCAA